AUGUCAGAGCUGCGCCCACGCCCUGAGAAUCUAGAAGCAUAUCUUGCUCGGGGUCACCUUGCGUUCCGGCUGACUCCCAACCCCGAGGACGUACGCACUCCGAAGCUUGCACCCUGUACGUGCCCCUGCCCUGGGCACCCUCAAGGGCUCGACUGGGAUGAGAUAGUGGUCAGUCAUGCGCACCUACUAGCCGAUCUUCCCGCCUUUGCAUUUGCGGACGUCGAGGACUUUCGCACCCUGAAACGUCAUCGUGUGUUUGCAGUUACAAUCAAUCAGAGGACCUUGGUCUACAAGCCUGCAAUCAACAGUGCAUCGUUAAUCAAUGAGGUCGGAAUGCCGAAGCAGUUGGCCGUGUUGCCAAGUGGAGGUGCCCUUCGGGUUCCUAAGGUAGAAGGCAUCCUAGGUGCAGGGACAAUAUAUGCUGGGAUUCUUAUGACCCAUAUCCCUUCUACAGGUAUUCUGGAUGAGAUGAUCGGAACAGGUGUAGCAGUGAGUACUACCGAGCGCCAACAGUGGUACAAUCAGAUCUCAGACGCUCUUCGAAUUGUUCAUCGGAAUGGGUACUAUUGGGGGGACGCCCAUCCACGCAACGUUGUGAUUGAUGGCAAUCGUGAGGUUUAG